AUGUCACCCAUCUCCAAACUUGUCGUUGUGGGCGGCAAUGGGUUCAUAGGUUCUGCUAUAUGUAGACUGGCUUUGGCGCGCGGCCUCCAGGUUACCAGCAUCAGCACCUCUGGCCGUCCAUAUCAAACGCCAAAGGGACAUACGCCUGCCUGGACUACUCAAGUAGACUGGCAAAAAGGCGAUGCGCUACGCCCUGAGACCUUCGCAAGUCAUUUAGAUGGCGCAAGUGGUGUUGUCCAUACUUUGGGUAUGCUGCUUCAAGACGCGGAGUACAAGCGUGCCAUUCGCGACGGCGAUGUUCCGGCACUUCUCAACGCCCUCAUUGGCGGCAGAAAUCCUCUAGAGCAGCCCAGUCUCACCUACGAAAGCAUGAACCGUGAUUCUGCCUUAUCGGUCUGUGAGGCGUUCGUUAACUCGAAACCCCCUGCAGAAAACAGCGUUCGUCCGUUGGUUUUCAUCUCAGCAGAAGAUGUAUUCCGACCGUGGGUAUCUGCUCGCUACAUCGAAACAAAGCGUGAGGCGGAACGAGGAAUCACGGCCCUUCUGGAGCCACACCCAACGCGUUUUAGAGGUGUCUAUCUCCGACCAGGCCUCGUUUACCAUGCUCAUCUCCGGCCAAUAACCACUCCAGCGGCAGCUCUGCUCGAUUUAACAGCAUCAGUACACUCACAACUGCCUGGAGGAUUGCGGAGCCAAGUCCGCUCUCUUAUUGCUAAUCUCCCGCGUGUUUCGCAAGAGACACCGUCUUCAUUAGUUUCUGUGGCUAAUGCGCUGACGACCCGACCACUUCAUGUCGACCAUGUUGCUGGGAGUGCUGUGAAGGCGUGUUUGGAUGGAGAUAUUCGCGGUGUAGUGGGAGUUAAAGAUAUGCGAGAGUUGAUGGGCUGGGCGGAGCCAGAAUCGAGCUUAGCGUAG